AACAGGACUGGGAUGUCUCCUACCUGCAUGGAUUAAUCUUCAGGAAUUCUCAUCCGAUGGGAUAUAUCUGUGAGUAACAUAUUCCACAAUGUAAUAUUGAUUCCACAGCCCUGGCUACUGACCUGCGCAACCCAUGCCCUAAAAAUAAUCUGCGGGACUACCAGUAUGACCCACUAAGUGUAUUCUUUUUCCAUUAACAUGUGACUGAGAUGGAGCUUACAACUUUAGCUGCUGGAAUCUAUAAUGUUUCUGGGAACAGCAGCCAGCAGGAAGUGAACAGCUGGCCCUAUGCGGCAUGGGAGAGCGCCCUGAUCAUUAUCGCUGUGGGGGCUAUCAUUGUAUCCACUGUUGUUGGGAACAUUUUGGUGGUUUUAGCAAUAUUCACCAGCCGGGCUCUCAGGGCCCCACAGAACUUGUUCCUAGUCUCCCUGGCAUCAGCAGACAUUCUUGUGGGGGCUUUAAUUAUCCCAUUCUCCCUGGCCAAGGAGGUUAUGGGCUAUUGGUACUUUGGCAACGUGUGGUGCAGCAUGUACCUGGCGUUAGACAUUUUGUUCUGUACCUCUUCUAUUGUUCACCUAUGUGCCAUCAGCAUUGACAGGUAUUGGUCGGUUACCAAAGCAGUGAAGUACAACUUAAGGCGAACCCCCAAAAGGAUCAAGAGUAUGAUUGCAUUUAUCUGGAUAGUAUCUGCUGUGAUCUCUUUCCCUCCUCUGCUGAAGACUAAUACGCUUAAAGAAUGGAGAUGUGAUCUCAAUGAUGACACUUGGUAUGUCUUGUUCUCCUGCACUGUAUCCUUCUUUCUUCCCUGCAUCAUUAUGAUCUUUCUAUACUGUCGGAUCUAUAGGGUGGCCAAACAUAGAGCCUCUACAGUGUCUAACCUCAAAAAUGGCCUUACUGGCUGCAACAAUCUCCAAUCGGGUAUUUGUUAUCAUCAGGAUUGUUGUGACCAGCACAACCCACACAGCAACCAUGAUGCGGAUGAAAUGGACCUGGAGGAGAGCACGUCUUCAAUUCGCAGGUUCUCCGAACCAACUCACCAUGCCCCUACAAACAAUAGCAGCAGCACAAAAGGUAAAAGGCUUUCCUGGUCCAUGAACAGAGGACAGCAAAAAAGGGACAGGUCAAUCUCCAUCUCUCAGACCCGCCUGCAGCAGCUGAGAGAGAAGAGGUUAACGUUUGUCCUGGCUGUGGUCAUUGGGGGCUUUGUCAUCUGCUGGUUCCCUUUCUUCUUCACCUACAGUUUGGAGGCUGUGUGUCGAGGGAGCUGUGGCAUUUCUGACGCCCUCUUUAACUUUUUCUUUUGGGUUGGUUAUUGCAACAGCAGCCUCAAUCCUGUCAUAUACACUGUGUUCAACAGGGACUUCAGGAAAGCAUUCCGAAAACUUCUCAUACGCACGCCUAAAAGGACUGUGUGAGAAGAAUGUGACUGUAAGGGGGGUGGGGGGUUGGCUGCAGAGGAUCUGACAUGUAUCUAGGUGCUGAGCACUGUCAUAGGCAUUUACCGUGACCACUGAAAUAUUGUUGCUAUAAAACUGGUGACUUUGUUCUAUUAUAUAUAAAUACAUUUCAUAUGUUUAAAGAGUACCUAUCAUGAUCUAAACUAUCCCUAAUCCCCUCCCCCCAUCUGUCCCUGACUCUCACUGACUCUAUCCUUGUGUUUCUUUUCAUUCAAAACACCCUCUUUCUACCUGAUUUAUACCCUUCUUGGCUGCUCAUUCAGUCGUCCCAGUGUGAGGGAGGAAGGGGGCAUGGCCCAGCAUAGAGGCUGAAUCUUCUCCUCUCUGUUUACAACUGCAUGUGCAGAAAGAAGAAAGAUAGAAGCUCAGAUAGUAAAAUGAAUGAGGGCAUGCGGUAAGGCAGAGUCAGAAGUAUGUCCUGCUGUCUGAUUGACAGGCAGGGAGCAGUGCUGAGCUUGUCGGUGUCCUGGCUGCAGUCUGAGAUUUAGGACUCCAGCAUGAGUCUGAAAUCUAUAAAAAAAAAAAAGGCUUGCGGCCAGGACUGGUAGGGAGACCCCUAGUGGUCAUUUUUUUCAAAGUGGAAAAUUUAAUUGAAAGAAGCAUAUUUUUUAAUAACAUGCAAUUGGAAAGUUAUUCUGCAUACAUUAAUCUAUACUAUAUCAAAAGUUUUGUUGAUGAAAGGUACCCUUUAAGGAUUGUAAAUCUGAAGUAUUUCAUGAGAAAGGAAAUCAAAAUAAAUUUUUUUUUUUACAAUAUAUUUUUCUAUAAUCUGUGUAUAUACAGUGGAACCCCUGGUCAUGAUAUGUGCCGUUCUUAUUAUUUGUCCCAUAGAACAGACUUCAAGGAAAUGACUGACUAUUGAUGAAAUAGGCAUUCACAUAGGUCAGUGUUUUCCAAACAUUGUGCCUCCAGCUGUUGCAAAUCUACAGGCUGUCCGGGCAUGCUGGGAGUUGUAGUUUUGCAACAGCUGAAGGCACACUAUUUGGAAAACACUGAUAAAUGCGAAUGCCUAUAUCAUCAAUAUAGGGAUGCUGUCCCUAUAUUGAACAAGUUUUCAGCUUGUGUAUGCAAUAAAUAUUUCUAUUCACCCACAGCAAACAGAGGUAUUAAAAUUUGUUAGAA